GGCUGCGCGUGGCCUGCUGGGAGCGGGCCGGUGCCAAUGGUCGUCCGCGGCAGGGCGGGGAGGGCGGCCGAGUGAGCGCCCUUCCCUGCCGCCUCGUCCUCGUCCAUUCAUUGCGGCCGCCGCCAUGGAGGCGCUGAUCCCGGUCAUCAACAAGCUGCAGGACGUCUUCAACACGGUGGGCGCCGACAUCAUCCAGUUGCCGCAGAUCGUGGUGGUCGGGACGCAGAGCAGUGGGAAAAGUUCUGUGCUGGAAAGCCUGGUGGGAAGAGAUCUACUCCCAAGAGGAACGGGAAUUGUCACCCGGCGACCUCUCAUCCUGCAGCUGGUGCAUGUGUCAGCCGAGGACCGUCGGAAAACAGCUGGAGAUGAAAAUGACCCUGCAACCUGGAAACAUUCAAGGCACCUUUCUAAAGGGGUUGAUGCUGAAGAAUGGGGAAAAUUUCUUCACACCAAAAACAAGCUGUACACUGACUUUGAUGAAAUUAGGCAAGAAAUAGAGAGUGAAACUGAAAGGAUUUCAGGAAAUAAUAAGGGGAUCAGCCCUGAGCCCAUCCACCUAAAGAUUUUUUCGCCAAACGUCGUCAACUUGACACUGGUAGAUUUGCCAGGAAUGACAAAGGUACCAGUGGGUGACCAGCCAAAGGAUAUCGAACUUCAAAUCCGGGAAUUGAUCCUCAGAUUCAUUAGUAACCCCAAUUCAAUUAUUUUAGCAGUCACUGCUGCCAAUACAGACAUGGCCACUUCUGAGGCACUUAAAAUAGCACGGGAGGUGGAUCCAGAUGGGCGGCGCACCCUCGCUGUUAUCACCAAGCUGGAUCUCAUGGACGCUGGUACCGAUGCUAUGGAUGUGCUUAUGGGGAGAGUGAUACCUGUGAAACUUGGCAUCAUUGGCGUGGUGAACAGGAGUCAAUUAGAUAUUAACAAUAAGAAGAGUGUGGCUGAUUCAAUUCGUGAUGAAUAUGCUUUUCUCCAGAAGAAAUAUCCCUCCUUAGCCAACCGGAAUGGAACAAAGUACCUUGCGAGGACUCUUAAUAGGCUACUCAUGCAUCACAUCCGGGAUUGCUUGCCAGAACUGAAGACCAGAAUCAACGUUUUAGCAGCUCAGUACCAAUCUCUUCUCAACAGCUAUGGGGAGCCUGUUGAUGACAAAAGUGCCACGUUACUGCAGCUUAUUACCAAAUUUGCCACCGAAUAUUGCAACACCAUUGAAGGGACGGCAAAAUACAUUGAGACUUCAGAACUGUGUGGCGGAGCUAGAAUUUGUUAUAUUUUUCACGAGACCUUUGGGCGCACCUUAGAAUCUGUUGAUCCGCUCGGGGGCCUUAAUACCAUCGACAUCUUGACAGCCAUUAGAAAUGCUACUGGUCCGCGUCCUGCCUUGUUCGUGCCUGAAGUUUCGUUCGAACUGCUAGUGAAACGGCAAAUCAAACGCCUGGAAGAGCCCAGCUUGCGGUGCGUGGAGCUUGUUCAUGAAGAAAUGCAGAGGAUCAUUCAGCAUUGUAGCAAUUACAGCACACAGGAGUUGCUGAGGUUCCCAAAACUCCACGACGCCAUUGUUGAAGUUGUGACCAGUCUCCUGCGCCGGAGGCUACCAAUAACAAAUGAAAUGGUUCACAAUCUGGUAGCGAUUGAGCUGGCCUACAUCAACACUAAGCACCCCGACUUUGCUGAUGCCUGCGGGCUAAUGAACAACAACAUAGAGGAGCAAAGGCGGAACAGGCUGGCCAGAGAGGUGCCGUCUGCCGCAUCUCGAGACAAGUCUACUAAGCCUCCUGGUGUUUUGGCACCAUCCUCCCAGGAGACCUCUGCUGCUGAUCCUGCCGAGGUUGAUGGCAAGGGUGAUCCCCGUGAGCCGAUAUUCUGCACGCUGGUGCCCCAAAUUACAAUGUACUAUAUUAAUGAUGAAUUAAAGAUGCUCCCUUCUGUGGGAGACGGAAAUCCAGAAUCUGGAACAGGGAACUGGAGAGGAAUGCUGAAAACUUCCAAAGCAGAGGAGAUAUUAGCGGAGGAGAAAUCCAAACCGCUGCCCAUCCUACCAGCUAGCCCUCUGAAAGGGCAUGCGGUGAAUUUGCUGGACGUGCCCGUCCCAGUCGCACGGAAACUUUCGGCCCGUGAGCAACGAGACUGUGAGGUGAUCGAGCGCCUGAUCAAAUCCUACUUCCUGAUUGUAAGGAAAAAUAUCCAAGACAGCGUGCCAAAGGCAGUGAUGCAUUUCCUGGUUAAUCAUGUGAAAGACACUCUCCAGAGUGAGCUGGUCGGACAGCUGUACAAAGCCUUAUUGCUGGAUGACCUCUUGACCGAAUCGGAGGACAUGGCUCAGCGUCGAAAGGAGGCCGCUGACAUGUUGCAGGCCUUGCAACGAGCCAGUCAAAUUAUAGCUGAGAUUCGGGAGACACACCUCUGGUGAAAGGUUCCCUCUGUCUGAGUGAAGAAGCUGAUGACUUGAACAUUGCUAGGCAUUACAUUCUUAUGAACUCCUAUACGUACUGCAGUAUAUAUAUCAGUUUGCUCAUGUAAGGACACAGUUUGGUUUGGCUUCCUAUGGACGGAAAAGUGUGCUUGACGGUGCAAAACACGGCCCAUGUAAUACACAGAAACACAUUUUCUUACCAGUUUCCUGGUGCAGACAAGUCUGUUAUCCUGUAAGGGGACUGAACUAAACUUGGGCAAAGAACCAUGUGAAAAAUUCCAGUGCCUGGCUUGUCAAACGAGUUGCCAUGAGUAGAAUGAACAGCGUAGCAUUGUGAUAAUAGUGUCUUUCAGCUGCUUCUGCAAUAUAGGCUUUAAAACCAUGAAGAAAGGACACGACAGCCAUUUUCUUUCCUAUAAGUGGAACUGCAUGUCUCAUCCAGAUAAGUGGCACAGUAGAAUCACUGCCUUAUAACUACGUGUUGUAUACCCCUGUGUUUCAGAACAAAAAUAUAUGGCUAAUGUUCAGACGCAUUAAUGUCUCCCCACAGGUUAGAUGUGCCUGGAACAUUUCACAAGUAGAGAUUUUACCAAGAGAUACUGCCAGUUAAGGAGCUGGCAUGCUACUGGUAGGGAGAAAGGUGAAGUGUAAAAGUCCCUUUUUUCUGCUGCCCUCCCCCCCGCCCCCUUUCCACUGGGACCAAGACCACUGGAUCAACCAGAGUUCCAGAAUACGAAAAGGACAGCUGCAGGACUGGGAUUGAUCAUUGCUGUCACAUAAUUGUAGGAAGACGUAAAGAAUGUUAGCCCAGAAUGAAGUUAAAGGCAGCUGUCUAUCAGAGACCACUUUAAUUCACAACACUUUCAUAUGCUGUCAGAUUUUUGGGGGAGGGGGUCCUGCUUAGCUAACUUCAUUGUGACUGUUGCAUUUACAGUGCUGGAUUAUUAUGUACCAUAAGCAGUUGUGACAGGACAGCCUUGUAGAACACAAUAAGGGCGGUUCUUUUCAGAAAUACACGUAAUGUCCUUUGCUUAGCUUGUCCUGAGCUGUGCAAAUUAGGGGAGAUGGGCUGACGUAGACUUGACUUUUGGGGGUCUGGCAAACAUGUGGGACAAGGUGGGUUGCAUUUUCUGAACUUAGUAGAAACAAAUGCAGUGCGUUCUGAGUGGCAAAGUUUGUCCCUCUGAUGUCGCCUCAAUGACACUUUUUGGUGUUCACAGAGACUUGCAAACACCACUUGUGGGUUUCUGCUUUGAACUCGUCUUUAAGCUGUUAUGCUGUUCUUGGUCUCUUAUCUUACCUACUUCCCCCAAUGAAAUAUUUAACACUGUAUGUGACCAAAGCAGUUGUAUGCACCCACCAGUCGUCUCUCACCAGCAAUCACAUUCUUGAGGUACUAGUGCUUAUGAGCUGUUGAAAAAGUUGGUUUUCUUUAUUCCUUGCAUAAAAGGUUAAUAAGCUUUUAAGGAAGACUUUUUAUGGAAGUGUUGAAAACCUUUCCACUUUUUAAUCAGUCGGAUGGAAAUUCACUUUUUUAGCAGCUGCUUGUCCUUAAAAGAGCAACAGUGGUAAACGUGGCGGGGCAAAUGGGAAUGCGGCAGGAUCUAUGUGGAUGUCAAAUUGCUACAGGGCACUGUUAGGACUGCCAUAAAGAGAAAAUGUAGAAAUCUUUUGAAUAUAGAAACAACUUGACUUGUCUGAUCAGUUCCAAAAGUUUUCAUCAUUCCCAUGUACUAGGUGAUGCAACUAGGCAUUGGAGCUCUGUGGGAGGCAGCUUACCCAUGUCUCAUGUCAUCUGUCUGUUAAACAUGAAUUUGAAGCACGUGCUUCAGAGGGCAAACAUUUAGUAACCAUAGUCACAGGGCUAAAUUGGACUUCAUUAAAGGAAAAUUAAUCUACUUGAUCCUUCGGGUUUUAAAGGCGAGCCAAUUUUUACUGCAGUACCCAGUUCUCGAGGGCUGUGGUCGAAAAUCCAAACUUCUGCUUUGGAAUUCGCUGGUAGCUCUCCUAGUCUUCCUCCAACUACUGUUAGUAGUUAUAAGUAGUCCUGGACAAAUACAUACAUCUCUGAAAUGGUACCAAAUAAUGGGCUGCCUCUGCUGCUUCUACUAUUGCUUGUACGGAGGGAACAAGACACUCCGUUUCUAUGAAGCUGGCAUGCUGUGUCUGGUUAUGCACUUUUGGAUCAUCAGGGUCUGACUACGGUUGGAUUUACAAUUCUAAGAGAACAAAUGUCUACUCUCCCUUGUAGCUGUACUCCCCACCCCACCCCCGGUCAUCCUGUAUACAGUGCAAUUUAUAAUAAGCAAAUACUGGUAAGGAUAUUGAAGACUCUAAAUUCUGAAGUUUAGACAUUUGACAACAGAGUAUGUAUGCAGUUACAAUUGUAAAUAAAACAAUGUGUGAAAGCGGCACCGUUUUACAUUAAUAAACCACCUUUGAAAUGA